AGUUCCGGGUGCGAGGAGCUGUGGGAGCGGGCGGGAAGCGGCGGUGGGAGCGGGCCGGAGCCGGGCCGGGGACCCGCCAUGUGAGAGGCGCUGACAGCUUCGGCAUGUAACAUAAGACAUAAAUAGAAAAAAAUAUCCACUAGUAUGUUGUGAUACAUUGGACAUGCUUCCUGCGUCAGAAGUCAAUGGAUGAUGUUGAGAUCUGUUUAUGCAGUUGGAAAAACAGAUUACUCUUUCCAUCAGUAGAAAUGGACAGCAGCAGUUUCAUUCAGUUUGAUGUGCCCGAGUACAGCAACACUGUUCUGAGCCAGUUGAACGAGCUCCGCCUGCAAGGGAAGCUAUGUGACAUAAUUGUGCAUAUUCAGGGUCAGCCAUUUCGAGCCCAUAAAGCUGUCUUAGCUGCUAGUUCUCCGUAUUUCCGUGACCAUUCAGCGCUGAGCACCAUGAGUGGCUUAUCAAUAUCAGUUAUUAAAAACCCCAAUGUUUUUGAACAGUUGCUUUCUUUUUGUUACACUGGAAGGAUGUCCUUACAGCUGAAGGAUGUUGUUAGUUUUCUAACUGCAGCUAGCUUUCUACAGAUGCAGUGCGUCAUUGAUAAAUGCACACAGAUACUGGAGAGUAUUCAUUCGAAGAUCAGUGUCGGUGAUGUUGACUCUGUCACUGUUGGUGCUGAAGAAAAUCCUGAAAAUCGCAAUGGAGUUAAGGACAGCAGCUACUUUGCCAAUCCCAUUGAGAUAUCUCCCCCCUAUUGCUCUCAGGUGCGACAGUCAACAGCAGGCAGCGAUCUUCGGAUGGAAACUACUCCAGGCAAAACUCUACGUAGUCGUCUGCAAGAAGAAGGGCAUUCAGAUCGAGGAAGCAGUGGGAGUAUCUCUGAAUAUGAGAUUCAGAUUGAAGGUGAUCAUGAGCAAGGAGACCUGAUAGUAAGGGAAAGUCAGAUUGCAGAGGUGAAAGUUAAAAUGGAGAAGUCUGACAGGCCAAGCUGCUCUGAUAGCUCUUCGCUUGGUGAUGAUGGAUAUCAUACUGAAAUGGUGGAUGGAGAGCAAGUGGUAGCCGUAAAUGUUGGUUCCUAUGGGUCUGUCUUACAACAUGUUUAUUCGUUUUCCCAUGCCUCAUCACAGGCUACAGGUAUGUCAGAAACCUUCGGAAGCCUGAGCAAUACGAGUCCUUCCAGGUCAAUGCUAAGCUGUUUCAGAGGGGGUCGCGCACGCCAGAAACGGGUAUCCACUGGUCACUUGCACAGUGAUGUUCAGGGCUUGGUGCAAGGGGCUGACAGUGAAUCCAUGGUGAGUAACCCAGGAUAUGAAAACAGUCCACGGGAAAGAAACGCAAGAGGUCAUUGGUAUCCAUACAACGAGAGGCUGAUCUGUAUCUACUGUGGAAAGUCUUUCAACCAGAAAGGGAGCCUUGAUCGACACAUGCGAUUGCACAUGGGAAUAACUCCUUUCGUGUGCAAGUUCUGUGGGAAGAAAUACACCCGCAAGGACCAACUUGAGUAUCAUAUUCGUGGUCACACAGAUGACAAGCCCUUUCGCUGUGAGAUCUGUGGAAAAUGUUUUCCUUUCCAGGGUACACUCAACCAGCACUUGCGAAAAAAUCACCCUGGAGUAACAGAAGUAAGAACCAGGGUAGAGUCUCCGGACAGAACAGAAGCAUUUGCGGAACAGAAAGUAGAUAAUGAUGCUUCAGCUUCUGAAGCUAUGGAUUCUAGUAUGGAAAUUCAUGCAAUGUCUAACGCAUCUGAUUAAAAUACUACAUUCUUAGUGCAACACAAACAAGCACAUUACUAAUGUAUUUUUAAAAUAUAUUAUUCUUUUAGUAAUCUUCAGUACAAGUAUAACAGCUGUUUAAUUUUCCUGACCUUCUGGAAAUCAGUUUGAAAUGGUUUCUGGAGAAGACUACAUAAGUAUUCUUUGUUUUUGAAGGAGGCUGGGUUGGUUGUUGUUUUGUUGGGGGGGAUUGUUUUGUUUUAUUUUACUUUUGAAGAUGCUCAAAAUCUGAAAGACAGUGUGCUGGGGAAAGCAUAGAAAGAGUCUCCUAAAGUGUCCCUACUGGUUGAUCUGGCAAGACACAAAUUCCAGUGGAGAAAGAUAUUAGAAAAAGAUUGGCAGCUCUGCUGGGUACACCAGGAAGCUGUAAUCUUCCCUUAUUUUAUUUCUGAAGCCCUGUUGCUGGUAAUGAGUUACACAGCAGUGGGGGGAGAGAGUAUUACAGCUUUGGUUCGUUCCGUGUGUCAGGAUGAAAUCUGUUUGCUUUUACUAACUGUUUUUGGUAGUUAGUCUGUUUAUAUAUAUAAAUUUGCUUUAUAUAUAUAAAAUGCUUUCACUUUUCCUAUUCUGGUUGAGGUGAAUGUAAAAGUAUGUUAAGGUUUAUACCAUGUACCACUCUUGCAACUGCUAGGUCUCCUCUCUGCUUAGGAUUUAGAACUUCGGACUUUGGGAGGAUGGUUUUGGUUUUAAAAGAAUGUUGUUUGGUUUUCAUUUUAUUCAACUAUUACUUUGUGUGCAAAAGUGAGCAAAGCGAAUUACCUUGGUUUAAUAGCUUUGCUUUAUAACAUAUAUAAACCAAAUGCCAUAAAUCUAUUAAAUUAUGGUUAAAUUGUUGAGGGGUUAUGUUAGUUGUCUAGAAUGCAAGCUGGACAACCUGUGGUGCUGACCUUUUUAUAUAUAUAGAGAUAGAUAUAUCUAUAUAUAUAUAUAUCUUAAAAAGAAAUAUUAGCAAACCUAAAAGUAGCAUUGUGGUUUUAAAUGUGUUUUUACUGGCCUCAGAAUCUACCUUCAUUUUGUACUGUAGAACCAUACCAGGUAACUAAAUUUAACUUCAUCACUCUUUGUGGUUGGUUAAAACCUGAGAGCGAUGUUGUUAACUACAGUAUUUCCAAGCAGUGUUUUAAUAGGUCUCUUCACAGAGAGCUGUUUUCAGGUGCACAUUGACUUCCUACUUAAAGCUCCAAGUGGUAUGUCAGCACUUGGAAUUUGUACUUUUCUUUUGUAUAAAAAAACAAAUACGCUACGGGAAUUUCAAGCAAUAUGUCUGUUAUUUCAUGUGUGAGUAUUACAGAGUUGCUAUGGCUUCCCUACUAUUUUCCGUGGUUGUUUUCUGCAUAAAGGAACUACCAACAACUUUUAAUAUACUCUAAAUCUUUUUGUUUCACCAAAUGUGUUUUAUUAAUAUGGUGCUAACUUUGUCAUUUAGGUCAGUAUAAUAUAUAAAAUGUGAAGCAUAAUGGUAACAGUUAAACAAAAGAAAAAAAAGGAAAAAAAAAUACCCAAACCCACCACCAAACCAACCAGAAAAUCCCCACCCCAAACAAGCCCCAACAAAAAAAAACAGUAAUAGCCUAAGAAACCUCAAAAGCAUGAACUGGCAAACACUACUGUGUAAAAUUCUACCUGAUGAACAGAAUUAAUCACGUGCUUCUUUAAAAUACAGGCUUUGUAUAAUUGGGCCUUAAUGUUUGUUUAGCAAAUAUUGAAAAUCUAUCUGUGAAUAUGCUGUUUAACUCCUGAAAUUCAGAAAAGAAAAGUUCAUUCCUAAAUCACAGGAAAGCAAAAAGGUAGGUUUGCUACCUUGUCAAGCUUUUCCGGCUCCUGUGAAGUUGGGGCAUAUUUGUGCAGUAGCUUUAUUAAAUACACUAGUUCUUAAUAUUGUGACAGUCUGCAAUAAGAAUUAAUUUCACUCAGUACAGACUUACAGUCUAAGCCCCACCUGCUCCACUGGAGCAGUUAAUUUCAGUACAGGAUUUGCCUCUUUUGUCCUAAAAUCUGCCUCGCUACAGAGGCAAAGGGUGGGGAGAUGUUUCUCUCUUUGAAGCAACAAUAGAACUUCUGUUUCCAGUAAGGGAAAAUCUAUGUCUGUGUCUAGGGAAGAUAGUCUAUGUGUUUACCCACUUAAAAACAUGUUGGUGUUUCUGAUACUGUUUUUUUUUCUGAAUGUUUUAAGUAAUUAAAUACAAAAACAAAAAAAAAUUAAAAAAAUGUGUUUUGACAAAUGAAGUUUGAGACAUGCAAAAUCCAAGAAAUGUACAGUUAUUCUUCACCCUUUAUCUUGGACCUGUGCUGUGGUGCCUUUGGUGUGACCUUUUUCCAUGGAAGUAUGAGUUGAGGAUAGCAGGAUGUGGGUACUAAUUUUAUAUUUCUUGAAUUUCUCCAUGUCACAAUCUGAACAUUAUUUAAAUCUUGUUCUUUGUAUUUGUAAAUGUAUUAAAAUGGUUUGAGUUUACCAAAGAGUGACUUAUCCAAAAUUGUCUCUGACAAAAAACAAACAAACAAACAAAAAAACCAACAUCACUUUGAUUGUACAGGUUCAGGUUCAAAACAUUGUAACAGGACUGUUAAGGGGCAGGAAAUGAUCACUUUUUCUACAAACUCAUGAUUCAGCAGUGCAAGUUCUGCUUGCUCCUGUUCUUGUGGAUGCGCCAUUUACCCUUUCCACUGCUAGCAGUGUUAAUAAUUAUCAAGCCAUAACACAGUACUGUAAAGUCCAGCAGUGCUUCAAAGGAUGCAUACGUAGGUGAGCAUAAAACAUCAUCCAGCAUUUACAUUGACACUUACCAAGUGUGUAACUCUGGUAGAAAACGAACUUCAAACCUGGCAACAUCAAUUAAAUUGUGCCUUGUCACAUAGUGGUAUGCCAGGAUGAACAUUUUCAUGGAACAUGAAGCAUUAAGUGAUUGAAGUUCAUUUCACAAGUCCACCGAAACAGAGUAUGCUGUGUUAUUUUAAGUGAAUGAUGGAAGUACUGUACAGUGUCAUGUGUCUGUACAGUUUUAAGUUAGCACAGAGCGGUUACACAUUUCAUUUACAAUAAAUGCAGAAGUCAAAAAAAAUAUGUGAAGAAAUAUUUGACAGCAGAAUAAAUCAUGAAAUUAUAUAGGCUGGUUCAUAAUUGAGUCUCUUCUUAAUCUACCUUUUUAAUUAUAGAAAAAUGUGAAAACAGUGACAGUGUCCUUUCCUCUAGAUGUUUAACCUAUUAUGACAAACUGUGAAAAUAAAGGAUUUUAUACCUUUGCUAAUGUUUGUGGUUUUAAACAGCUAUUUUAGUUUUCUUAAAUCAGUUAUCUUCCAUAUUGUUUCUUUUAAACUUGUAAAUACAUUUAGAAAACAGCUUUGUAAAUACAGUGUAUUAAAGUUCAGUUUGGUCACUAAGGCCUCAAGAUUGGCUCGGCAAUUUUAGUGUGAAAUCUUUCAACAGCAUAAAGGAUACUGUCAGUUCACUGUUCAGCAGGAUAUACUGUAGGCCUAAAUUAGUAGUUCUUAAUGCAGUCUUCCCAAGCAUAAAUUCAUGUUUUUAUGCUGAAGCCUUUGGUUUACUUUCAGACAAAACAAUGAGGCCUCCUAAUAUGUUUAUGGGAAGAACAGCAGGAGUAAAAUCAAGGGCUGGGAAAAGAUCGAAUGAGCUUUACCUUUAAAUAUAUAUAUAUAUAUCUUAUUUGAAUUUUUGUAUUAGUUUACUGUGAUUCUUUUAUUGUCAUUUUUCUAAACAGGUUUCACAUGAAACCAUUGAAAGGGACUCAAAUAUGCAACACCUAAUCUAUUUUCCAAGGGAAUUUUUCCCUUGAAUGGUGCUUUUUGACUGGUCAGGGUUAUUUAUUAAAUUUUAUAUUUGAAAGUAUUUCGGGAAUUAUGUAAAUUCUUUAUAUGAAUCUGUUUAUUUCAUGAAUUGUAAAUUUCAUAAUACUCAGUGAUUGAAUCGGAAGUUUAGUAAAGUCAUUCAAAAUGUUCAAAGUUUAUAUAAUCUGUGUGCAUUUUACAUAUAUUUUAACAAGUGCCAGGAUAGUUGUAUUUAAUAUUGUAGAUAUAAAACUACUUGCACAUCCCUGUGACAGCAUUAACUUAUGAGAGUUUACAUUUUUUAAAAGAAAUGCUAAACAAACAAGUAAACCUGAGAGCCGUGUCCUGCGUUUCUUCAGGGGGUGUGAAGCUGAGUGUCAGGAACAGAGCAGGUUCACUUCUAGUUCAUGAAACUCCUGCUCUGGUGGCUACAAGAAACUGCUGUCUUCUCCCAUUCAUAUAUAUACACUAUGAAGUCAGCCUCUGGGCUUGUAUUGCAAGCCUCUGGUUAUGUAUCUGGUUAGAGGUAGAGCUCUUGCACGAUUUAACAGUGUUUGUUUCUGACUGAAAAAUGGUAUUUUUAAAUAACUUUUAUUUGUAUGGUUGUUUUUCAUGAGAAAUAAUUGAACAGUUUGAAUGACUUGACUUGGUGUCAUUAUCUUGCAAUAUAAACCGGUAACCUCACAACUCCACACUUCAUCACCAUAUGAAGUAAAUGAAGCUAGCUAAGCUGAUGCUGUAACAAUAAAUAACUUGCCAUUAAGGAUUAUUUUAUAGCAUGAAUUUUAAAAUAUUUAUUCAAAUGAUAUUUUACUCUUGUAUUCACUUUGGUUUUAGAUUUGUGACAUGAAUAUUUCAGUGCUGCUUUAUUUUGUUCUGAUGAAUUUGUUUCUUGCUUGUAAAUUGCCUUUUUUAUGGUAUAAAGUCAAUGGGAAUUGCUGUUUGUAAAUUAAAAUGCUUCUAGAGCAAA